CCCAGCUCCCGCCCAUUAUUCAGUUCCCGAUAUCCCGAUCUUGCUUUCAUCUCAAUCAGCCAACUCAAUCAGUGCGUCUGUUAGUUCCGUGGCUUUUCGCCGUUAAUCCUUUUUUUUUCAAAAUUAAAUAACGGAAGUAGAUUGUGCGUAUUUUGUGAUGCAUGGGCUAGUUUAGGGGUUAAACCCCAUGUUUACUAAGUGAGAACGUGGUCGCGGAAAAUAAACGUGAAAGGCAGAAUGCUCCCUGUAGCAAGUCAUGAAAAAAUCGCAAACAUUGCGAUUCUACCAGCAAUUCGAAUCCGGUGCAAUUUGACUGGCGAAGCCUGGAUGUUGACCCUGAAAAAUUGAACAUGUGGGUCACAGAUUUGCCAGAACAAACACACAGCUUCAAUGAAUUUUGCGCUAAAUUUAACCGCAUCUCAGUGCUCAUCACACAACUGCAGCUAUAAUCAGCGCGAAGACUGAAGUAACGGGUGUUUGCUCUCAAAUCAACCAUUCGGAAGUACAAAAAGCGAUGGAGGGUAAAAUUUUUCCGGUUGGAAUGGACGAGGAGGAAAGAGUAAUAGCAUUCUUGAACAAAAAUUUUGUGCCUGAUGAACCUCUAAAUCGCUCUCAGGGAGUCACGAAGGGAUUCCAGUCUCCUUUAGACAUGCUGACAAGCGAUAUGUGUUUAAAGAUGGAAUCCGACACUGGAGACCUCAUGGGUGUAGUCUUGAAUGUUGUGGAAAACGAUUUGCCUCAGGAUAAAGUCAAAUCAGAGAAUGAAGACGGUGAGUCAACAUGUCCUGCCAGCCACGAUCCUGAAUUCAUACCUGUUUUGCGGUUCCUAAACCACGUGGACUCGCUGGUUCCGAUCAAGGACAAGGAGGGAAUCAUGCACAUCCACAUCGUGGCAGUGGACGGUUCUUGGAGGAACCAGGGCAUCGGGCGGCGUCUGAUGGAGGCCUCGGUGAAACUGGCGCGGGACAGGGGAGUCCCUGGCGUCCAAGUCAACUGCUCCAAUCACUACACCAGCCGCAUGGUCGAGAAAAUCCCUGAGUUCCGCAAGAUCCUCUCCGUGCCCUACGACUCCUACCUGGACCCGUGCGGGCAGCCCGUCUUCCGCAUCCCACCACCGCAUGAUGCCAUGCAUGUCUAUCAUAUGAGCUUGUGAAAGAGGAACACCUUCAAAGUGAUAAACCGCAAUACUGCAAAAGAAAAAAAGAAGCCCUUGGUCCAGAGUCCAAACUCCAAAAAAAAAAAAAAAAAAAAAAAAAAAAAAAAUGCUGACAGGAAAAAAAGCGGGAAAGCUCCAAUAAAUUCGUAUCAGAGAAACGCAAAGCUGUUUUCCAUGUAGGUGCGUUUUUAAGUUUUUUAAGGAAGGUAAACUCUAUUGAGAUGAAAGAACUCUCUCACCAAAAUUUCAACUGUCAAUUUUGAGGAAACUACGAGUACGCUACCCCUAAAAAAAAAAAAAAAAAAAAAAAAAAAAAAAAAAAAAAUUAUAGAAAAAUGAUUAUCUUCCUCUGUGCCUUGACAUCAGAAGCAUUAUAUAAAUUUAUCAUAGAUUAAGCCCCUCUCCGCCAUCUUGUUGUCGAGCUUGUGCACCAUUUGAACACAUUGCCACCAUUGGCGUGGUGCUUUGCGAUAUAUCGAUUGACUUGUCAUUUAAAUCAAUGAAAAGGAUUGUUUAUCAAGGUGUUCGCAAUGAACACCUUAAUAAUCGAUCCUUCACUACAGCUUCAAAUGGAGAAAUAUUGAUAAUCGAUCUUACACGCAACGGCACUGAUUGCCACUAUAAUACUAGAAAUCAAAAUGUAGGCUACGGCUACCGUGAAAGCGAAGAGAGCAGUAAGUAUUAUCUGCAUGAGCCAUGAUAACCACAUGCUGUCAUGGGUCUGGAGGUUCAUCCCAGCAUGCACUUACUGCUCCCAUCACUAUAUCGCAACGGUAGGCUGGAAUCAAAAUGACCCCCCUUUCAGCUGAGCGCUUAAUAGUCUUGAUUUAAUCGGAUAUUGCUUGAAUCACAAAGAAAUCCACGUAAGCUAAGAGGUUUGACUCUCAAUUUGAGCAAAAAUCCGAAUUUGUGAGAGUCUGGAUUCUGGACUCAAGAUACUUUCUUUCAACUGUAUAUAUCUCAAUUUGCUCAAAAGUUAUAGGGGUAGAUCCCUGGUGCUGGUCGUGUGGGACAUUUUGAUCACCCUAUGCAGGAAAUUUAAAUCGAUAAUGGUUAUAAUCAUUAAUUUAAUGGAGUUUUACCAUUAAACGAUAAUUGAACUAAAGUGGUGGGAAAUAUACCAACUUUAAACGGUAAUACGGAGCUCUUGUGUGCAUUAGGAUUUACGAGUGUACAAUUUCGAAUUUAAAAGUUUGCAAAAAACAGGAUGGUGCCACUGGUUUUUACUGAAACGAGCUUCCAAGUUCCACAACAGAGUCUUAAAGUUGAGACCGUGAUUUAGGAAAUCCAUCGUCCUUUACCCUGUGAGUCCGUCUUUCUAUCCAGUAAAAUACACACUGGACAGAUAAGGAGUAAAUAUAUUGUCAGGGUUGUUAUUUUGUUUGACAAAGCUAUGGAGAAAAAUCUCAGAGUAAACUCCGCCAUGCAAUUUUGCCGUUGACAGCACAAACGCUGUGACUUUAUACUAGGGUUUGUACUUCCUCUCCACUCGUAACCCUGUCUUACAAGAACAUCUGAUUUUCAUGAUGCUUUCAAUUGUUUCAUUUUGAGUUUCCAAUGGUGAAAUUUUAAAAGAUGAAUACUCAUUAGUUUCCUUGCAAAAUUUAAUCUUUUUAGAGGACAAAUAUUGAAAAUUGUAGAAUGGAGGAAUUGCAUUUUUCUUUUUGGACAACAAAAUUUACUCUGAAACCUUCAAAACUAAAAACCAAUAGAUGUGCAUGAGGAUUGUGGAGCCGAAUCUACCCUUUCUGCAAGGUGAACUCCGUACGGGUUCAAUGUUUCAUGUUGUAUAUAAUAUUGUAUGAUUUUUGUGUCUGAAGCUAUAUGUUGCAAUGUGUGAAUAAAAUGUUUUGCUUUUCCUGUUGUAUCUUUAGUCCUAGUUUGGCGCUGAAAAAUAUUGAAUAUUCAACCUACUUCAUAUCACCAAAAUGUUUUCACCAAAUCUUUUUUCGGAUUUGAGUACUCCAAUGAGUACACUCAACAUUGCCACCCACAUGAAGAUUUAUUGACAAAUUUAGAUGUUAAUGUGUAAAUAUUAUAAGUUCAUUCGAUCGCUCUGUCUCACAAUUCUCGGUAUUCCCGAAUGGCUCGAAAAAAUUGUAAAUAGUGUAGCAAAUAUUAUAUAAACAUACGAUGUAAUUCUGUA